GAAUGCUCCGCCUGCUAUGAUGAUCUACCAAUGAACCGACAGAUUCAUUGCAACGGCAGGGUCGCUCACUUCACCUGCUUCGAUUGUGUCGAAAUGUACAUCAAGUCAGAAGUCGGCGAGUCGCGCUGUCGCGUGAUCUGCCCUGCUGGCUGCGGAUCCGGCUUUACUCAGCAGCAGCUCGAUCAGCUGUCCAACAAGCAGCUCCUGGAGAAGUUUGCUCAGAUUCAACAAGAAAAAGACAUCCGCGAUGCCGGACUGGAGGACCUGGAAGAGUGCCCCUUUUGCGACUACAAGGCCAUUCUUCCCCCGGUCGAACAAGACUUUGAAUUCCGCUGCGCCAAUCCCGAAUGUGAGAGGGUUAGUUGUCGUCGGUGCAAAGCCGUGUCCCACGUUCCGAUCUCGUGCGAGCAGCAUGCUCAAGACAACAAGCUCAACAGUCGGCACACGAUUGAGGAAGCCAUGACCGCUGCGCUCGUGAGAUCAUGCAACAAGUGCAAGAAGCAAUUUGUCAAGGAGUUUGGCUGCAACAAGAUGACGUGUCCCAGCUGUGGUAACAAACAGUGCUAUGUCUGCUCCGCCAGCGUCAAGGACUACGAACAUUUCGAC